AUGGUCGCUGGAUUGGAUGACAACGCAGACGUGUUUGUGAACUUAUGGCGAAGACUAAAAGGCCUUCUUGGAUCUUCACCACAGAAGGAACGUACGCUGCAGGGAGAGGGUGAUAAUGUGGAUAGCGUCACAGAACGCUGGAGACUGCUCACUCAAUACCAAGCAGAUAUACCCCACUGCUCGCUAAGUUGCAUCUACGAACUGGUGUUGGAGUAUAAUUGUCCUCACACCGACUUUGCUUGCAUCUGUACGAGGCUUGAGGUGAUCACUCAGGAUGUGAAAUUCAGAUCCUGCUAUGACCAGUGUCCUAUCAAUCCUGAUCAGCGAUGGACGCCGGGACGGUUGCUUGAUUUCUGCGACUUAGUAGGGGUUCAGCCGACCCUUCCGGACUACAUGAGCCAAUACACCGAAUUACAUAGGAGGCAACCUGUCGCAGAAAGGGCUUUCUCCUGGGAGUCGGGGGCGACUGGCCGGGUGAGCGCCCUUACAGUAUCUGGUACUGGAACUGCGAUCCACGCGUCGACUUCAGAUGCAGAGGUUUUCUCCACGAUGACAGUUACACCUUCCUGGGUCGGGGCCACACAAACAGUUCUAAUAACCACAACAGCGACAGGAUUCUCCACAAGUCAGACCUCCAGUGUUGAACCGGUGGAUCCGAGCCUCCAAUCGACCGGUCUCUCAACGGGAGCAAAAGCGGGGAUUGGCGUAGCGAUACCCUUGGCAGUGAUUUGCAUAGCUUCUAUCCUGCUAUGGUACAUACGACGCAAAAAGAGAAAUGGUGGAGAUGGCGGGGGACAUGAUAGAACCCAACUGCCGACAACUGUAUCACCAACUUCACCCGUCGUCAAUAACUUACCUUGCGAGAAAGACGGAAACGCUAUCAGUGAAUUAGAUGGCCAGCAGAAAUCGGAGACUGACGCAAAGAUCAAGACGCCCGUUUUCGAGCUGGAUGCGAACCUGACCAUUUCUGAAAAGGAGUCAGGAGAGCAAAAACAAGUGGUUAUUCACUGA